CCUCCUCACUGGCGGAUGCGCUUUUCUUUUGGUUCGGUUUCAACUCUCGUACUUUCUACUUCACCAGCCUCGCCGCUGUCAGGCAGGAACAAAGAUAUUUCGUUUCUGUAGCCUACCUGUUUCGUCUCUAAUUAAUAUAGUCGACAACAAUGGCGUUUUAGGGUAGCCUGUCUAAUUUGAAGAUUGUUAUACUUAAUAACAAACCGUUGAUGGAGUUUAAAGGCUUUGUUUUUUGAGGUCUUCAAAGGCGGCAGCCAGCAUCCGCCCGUUGAAGAUUGAGGAGACUGACAAGAAAGCAGAUUUCCCUCCUUGGCUCUGAGAUCUGUUUGUGCAGGAUGGCGACCCUCAAGGUGAUUAGAGGGAAGGACCGGAAGCUGACCAUACUGCAGAGACUGAGCAGAGGUGAGACGAGCCGAGAGGGACUAAAUAACUGAGACGUGAUGUGAUAUGUGUAUAAAGCUCACAGCUGGGAGAACUGCUGAUUGUGCAUACCUACUCUAUGUGAGAGACGUUCAAGGACAGACAUUACAGGUCAGUUCAACAAGCUGAAUGACCACAGAAAUCUUCAGGAAUUGAGUUGCCUGAAGUCAGGGCUAAAAGUCACCUGCUAUGAAAACUACCACCUCUACACGGAAGUACAGCACACAUAGAGUGUUCAACGACUUUGACGACCUUGUGAACCCGGUGCCUCUCCAGAUCGACAAGUAGACAGGAGAUCGACCCCUGAGACUUUUUCCACAGAACCACAAACAUUUAGAGAAGGGAGACUGUCAGAGGCAACCAUGGACGGCCUCACAGAGAUGUCGUUGAAAUGCGUCCUGGUCGGGGACAGUGCCGUGGGCAAGACGGCCCUCCUGGUCCGCUUCACCUCAGAGACCUUCCCUGACACAUACAAGCCCACAGUGUUUGAGAACACAGGAGUGGAGGUGUACAUGGAUGGGGUUCAGAUCAGCCUGGGGCUGUGGGACACGGCGGGAAACGACAACUUUCGACAGAUCAGACCGAGGUCCUACCAGCAGGCAGAUGUCGUCCUUAUCUGCUACUCUGUGGCCAACCCUAACUCUCUGGCCAGCGUCCAGCAUAAGUGGAUCGCUGAGGUCCGAGAGAACUUGCCCAAGGUGCCAAUUUUGGUUGUGGCCACCCAGACAGAUCUGCGGGAGACAGGGGCGCACCGGGCCAGCUGCAUCACAGCAGUGGAGGGGAGACGUGUGGCUCAUGAAAUCCACGCUAAAGGCUAUCUGGAAUGCUCCUCCUUAAGCAACCGUGGCGUGCAACAGGUGUUUGAGUAUGCAGUGCGGACGGCCGUAAACCAGACCAGGAAGCAGGCCAGAAGACGGAUGUUCAGCAUAAACCAGUGCAAGGUCUUUUGACCCUUGACCUUGACUUGGUGGGCACCUGAACCCCUCUGUGAUUACUUUUUCUAUAAUGCAACUUAGUGUGCUGUUCAAACUCUGAUAAAUAAACCCAAAGUUUAUUUCUCUAAAUACGUAGAGUACUUUUCACUAACGGGGUGUCCUGCCCCCCUACACUCAAACCAUAUUUAAAACUGAGAAUACAUUGAUUUAGUCAUGCAUCAUGAGGGUCUAUGCAAAUGUACACAAGUGUACAGUUCUACUUUUGUGUGAUCCAGGUAGAGACGCGAAGAGUUAAUCUGGAUUCUUCUGAUCUAUUCUAUAAGGGAACCACAGUAUAUUACAUGGAGAUAUUUCAAAUGGGGCUCUGGAGAGUAUUUGUGCUUCAGAAAUACUCCAUCAAGAACAUUUGAUAUGAAAGGCUUACUUACAUUGAAUCAUUUAAAGCUUUAAAAUUGGCACGGCAUAUUGUUUCAAAAAGAGGAAAGUAUGUUCACAUCACAGUUUGUGGUUGGAUCAGCAAAUUAACUUUUGAAAUGCAGCGUAAACUAAACCUUUACUACCACAAAAAAAUUACACAUCCAGGUAAUUUUUACAGUUGUGUUGAGCUUUUACAGUGUUAAUUGCACAUUUGUCAAAAUCAAUCAUGGAAAAGUACAUUGUUAUGCUCCUGAAACAUAUAAUGGUGAGUGCAUGUUGGCAUUUGUUAGCAAUGAUUUGAACUGUUCAGAAUAAGAAAUAUGUCAGCUCAGAGAGGCCAAUAGGUGGAUUUUUGCUGCAUCGCUACAUACAGCAUAUUCUCUAUUAUUUGUGUAGAGAAGAUUUUACUUUUUACUAGAAGUGACCAGGAAAUAAACUGUCAGUAGGUCAAAGUGUACAAACAUGCCUACAGGCUAUGCGUUUCUUUGGAUUAUUUGUGUAUUUUUUUUUUUAUAUAUAUUUAUAUAUAUAUACACAAAAUAUAAUAUUAUAUAUAUGAUCUGUCAAAUUUAUUUAAGAGAUAACUAACUUUAUUUGUAUUGGUUGAAAUGUUUACACAGACAUCAGCUGACAGUCGACGCAGAUCAGUCGUUCAAAAAGUCCAGAUGUCCUUAAAACAUUUGUACUAAACACAAAUAAAGAAAAUCUAAAGAUUUAAUUAAGACUUUUAUUUAAUAUUGGCAGAGUAAAGGGACUUCAACAUUAUAUAAAAUUUUGACACUUUUUUUUUUUAAACCAUAUGCCACACGUUAAUGCUAUUGCGGAUUUUUUGUGAAUUGUAUUUUUGUGUGUAAGUGUAUACCUCCUUUUUGAAAAUGCAAGAAAAAUAUUAAGACAUGCCCUGCUACCUAUGUAACUGGUCCUGUUGUUAUUUGUCACUGGAAAAAUUAAUUCACUUCAAAUAAAUUAAAAUGGGGAAACAAGAUU